CCUUCAGACCGAACCCCCAAAGAUGGCCAACCAAACCCCUGCCCCUGUCCCCAAACUGUCCAUCGAGGCAAUUCAGACAGUAACUCCGGUGAGGAUAACCGAACAACGACAGACACGACAAGUGUUGGCGGGCGAUGGUCUUGUCGGUCCCGGGAUUUUCCAAAGCUGCUUCAACAUGGUCCAGUAUUACACCCAGGAAAGAGAAGAAGAUUCUGGUUGGCAUCUUGCCGGGUGGAUAAAAGAAACACUUGGGAUAGCUUUAAUGGAGCAACCAAUGAUUUGUGGACGUCUUCGAAAAGGGGAGAAAAACAAACAACAAUUGGAGAUCGUUUCCAAUGAUAGCGGCAUUAGACUCAUCGAGGCAAGGAUUCAAAUCAAACUGUCUGAGUUUCUCGAAUCCAAACAAAGGGAAGAUGUGGAAGCUCAGCUCGUCUUCUGGAAAGAUAUCGAUGAACACAAUCCGCAGUUCUCCCCACUGUUUUAUGUUCAGGUUACUAAUUUCGAGUGUUGUGGAUAUUCGAUUGGGAUUAGCUGCAGCAUUCUUCUGACAGAUCUUUUGUUAAAGAAAGGGUUCCUCAAGACAUGGGCUGAUAUUCACAACAAUGUUAUCAGCAACAACAAUAACCAAAAGUCCCCCUUGUUCUACCUUCCUGGUCUGAAAAGCACCAACGGUUCAUCUCCGGACUUAAUCACCUCAACUUCAAGCAAAAACUCAGCCAAAACCAUGAUCUUCACGAUCAAUACCGGCACCGGGACACCGGGGAGCGAAUGGUGCAGAAAAAUGGCGUUAGCUUGUCUCGAGGAAGCCGAGAACAACCUAGCAAGUGUUGUGGGUGGUGAGUUUUGUUUGAUAUUGAAUGAAUCGUUAGAGGUCAUCAAAGUGGAGAGCUGCUCAAAACAAGGGGUGUUGAUGGGACACGACAAGGAGAUGAAUCAUGCGGGAUGGGAUGAUUUGGGAGCUAAUGCACUUUGUUUCGGAGACGGUAAUAAGCCUGCGCCUGUUUCGUGUUGGCUUACAUCCAUGUUGGGUGCGUUUGUCAUCCUUAUUCCUACCACAUCCACAACCAAUGUCAUUGUCACAAUUCCUAAUGACAACACUGGGAAAAUAUGAUUUUCAUUUCGCCCCCCUUUUUUGCUUCAAUCGCCAAUGCUAAUAAUAUUUUUAGGUACCUAAAUUAUUAAUUU